AUGAUGUUUAAUAGCAGCAGCCCAAGCUUUGCCCUAAACUUAAGGCUACUGCUAAGAAGGAGGCCAUGCCUAAGGCACCUAAGCUCCAGCAGGAAGUAUCCUGGACAUUCUGAAGCCGAAAGGAGGUACCCCAGAGAAGCUUGUUGCUGGAUUGCCUCUCCUUCACUGCAAAAUAGGAUUGAAGAGAAGUUCAAUGCAUUUGGUAGUCCUAAAGUUUCCAGUGAAAGUAUCAAGCCGGUGGUAGAACAGACUGUUAAUAAUGUUGUUGAGAAAACUAGUGUUUCACAAGGGUUUGAGGGAUUUGGAGCCUUCAAGAAGUCAAGUGAGGAAUGGGAGUGUAGUGUAUGUAUGAUCAGGAACAAAAACUCGGCAGAAAAAUGCGUCGCAUGUGAGACUGCAAAACCGGGGAAAACUUCAUCACAUGGUAUCCAAACUAAUGCAUCUGUCUUUAGUAAUACAGAUCCUACCCCAACUAUUACGGGUAAUGGAACAGACUGGGGCUCAGCCUUCAAGAAGUCUAGCAAUGAAUGGGAUUGUGAUAUGUGCAUGUUACGAAACAAAGACUCGGUGGACAAGUGUGUUGCAUGUGAAACCCCCAGGCCAGGGAGCAAAGCAAAACAGGCCCCAUUAGCGGAGUCAAAACCAUUGGAUGGAAAGGAGGAGAAGGUGAAUUUUGGGUUUGGCUCAGCCUUUGCCAAGGCCAAGGGGGAGUGGGAGUGCGAUACAUGUUUAGUUCGCAACAAAAGUGAAGCUACGAAGUGCAUAUCGUGUGAGACUCCAAAGCCUGGUGCUGCUAAUAUUUCUCAAGCCAUAACAGGAAACUUUAAGUUUGGUGUAAAUACAAAUGACUCUUCUUCCACAAGUAGUAGUUUUAAGUUUGGUUUAGACAACUCACAGACUGAAGUAAAAUCUAAUAGUGGUUUUGCAUUUGGGGUUAGUGCCAAAAGUGCUGAAGACACUAAUAGUAAAGAAAGUUCUGGAUUUAAAUUUGGAAUUGCAUCAGAGAAGCCAAGCUUAGGGAUGGACUCCAAUAGUGAGAGUGACAAGUCGAAGGAGAAAAGUGCAAGUGCCAGUAGUGGUAUCAGUUUUGGCUUAAAGCCAGAUGAAUCCAAGGGCAAGCAGUUCCCUGUUCCAUCAAUGAACUUCACCUUUUCAGCUCCUAAUAAGCCUGCUAGUAGUACAGAAACUGUAAAUACCAAACCUAGUUUCACAUUCAGUUCUGGGAGUGAAACUGUGGCAUCCUUCAAUUUUGGAGCCACAGAAACAAAAGCUAAGCAAGCCGCAGGAGAAGGUCAAGCUAAAACUUCAACAGAGAUAAAGCCAGCAUCAGAGAUUAAGAGUGGGAGUGUCUUGGAUGUAUUGAAGGUGAAAGACACAAAGGCGAGUGAGGUGUUCAACUUCGGCGCCAAGCUUGAGAAGGUCGAUGGAGGCGUGCCAAAACCCUCAUUUGCCUUCAACAAUGCUGUGUCGACCUCCACAAAAGCAGGUGAUUCAAAGUCUACAUCAGACCCAGCUGUGCCAAGUGGCACUUUCACUUUUGGUGCUAAUGGAAAAGAAAGCAGUGCAGGAUCCACUACUGUCAUUGCUACAACUGCACCUCUCUUCACCUUUGGUGAUAAGGGGUCAGGCACUAGUACUGCACCUUCCUUUGCUUUCAAUACUGCCCCUGCGAAGGAGGAGUCCAAGACCACGCCAGCCUUCUUUAGCGGGAAGAGAGAGAACUCUGACUCUAGUGAGCCAGCAAAGAAGAGUGUCUUUGGAGGGUCAGCCACCAGCAUCAACAAUGGGGUAGGUGCAACACCCUCUCUGUUUAACUUUGGUAGCAAGGAGAAUAAACUGGCUUCUGGUCCAGGAUUUUCAACACCAUCAGCUACUCCAGCAUUUGGGGCCCCAACUCCAGCAUCCAAUGCUACUCCCAACUUUCAAUUUGGGAAUAGCAACCCACCUGCUCCAGCUGCUACAGCACCCCCAGCCUUUGGAAACCCUGCUCCUGCUUUUGGUAGUCCAGCCCCAGCAUUUGGCAGCAACAACAACAACUCGACCCCAAGCUUCACCUUUGGUCAGCCACCUGAGAAGAAGCAAAGCACAGGAUUUGACUUUGGGCAGACGCCUUCCAAUGCCCCAACCCAAGGGUUCAACUUUGCAGCUUCAACUGGGACACCUGGUGUAUUUCAGUUUGGACAGAGUCAAGCUAAUAGCACCCCUUCUAGUGGAUUGUUCCAGUUUGGUUCAGGAAACACUCCUGUCCAACCAGCCCCCUCAUUUGGGUUCGUAUUGACUAUUGAUAAUUGCUAAAUGCUCUUAUUUGAC